AUGUCAUUUUGCUACGACAUACGUCAUACUCCGGCGGCCACUAAGCCACCCGGAGCCACCACCUCCUACCCCGCUGAGGUGGGCGGCGCGAACACUAAAAGCCCUUUGAUGAAGCUGUCAAUAGUCCAAAAUCGUAUGGACUCUCUCCAGAAAUUCCUCUUAGAUUCAGUCAACAGCAACACUUUGUUAGACCAAGCACAAAUGAACAUGGUUUCGUCUGAGAUCGCAUCUGCUAUCCAACAGACUAUUCUUAAUGGUGCGGCCCUUUUGUCCAACUCCCCAGCUUUUCCCGUAUAUCCAAUUCCGAAAGAAAAUGAUAAUUUGAAAUCUGGGGUUUUAUCAGAAACCCCGGAUCCGGAGCCGGAGCCGGGAAAAUUUGUUGCAACGGGUAAAGAUUUAGCGGCUACCAAGAUUGAGAUUCAUAUCGACGAUGAUUCUGAUGAUUUUGAGAUAAUAGAGCUCGAUGCUGUAGAGCUCUUGGCGGAACAUGUCCAUUUUUGUGAGAUUUGUGGUAAAGGAUUCAAGCGCGACGCGAAUCUGAGGAUGCAUAUGAGAGCGCACGGGAAUCAGUUCAAGACCGUUGAAGCUUUGGCGAAGCCCGAAAAGGCUGUUGCUUUGACUAGCCGGAGGACAAGGUUUUCUUGCCCUUUUGCUGGAUGUAAUAGGAACAAGCAGCACAAGAAGUUUAGGCCCCUGAAAAGUGCGACUUGUGUGAAGAACCACUUCAAGAGAAGCCAUUGCCCGAAGAUGUAUUCGUGUACCAGGUGUAACAAGAAGAGUUUUUCGGUUGUAUCGGAUUUGAAGAGCCAUUUGAAGCAUUGUGGGGAGAUUAAGUGGAAGUGCACUUGCGGUACAAGCUUUUCACGCAAGGACAAGUUGUUUGGGCACAUGGCAUUGUUCGAGGGGCACAUGCCGGCUGUGUUAGAUGAAGGGGACGAAGGAAAGGAGAAAGGUGUGGCAGCCAUGGUAGAGGACGAGGAGGACGAGGAGAUUAAUGUGAAGAAUGUUGAGAUGGCAAUGAAUGGUGGAUCCAAUAACAUCAAUAAUAUUUUUGAUGGAAUUCUUGAUGGUUUUGAUUCAAUUGAUAAUUAUUGGUUCCAAGAUGUGUUGAAUUCUCCUAAAGCUAUCAACAAUUUGGGUUCUGGAAUGGAUGGUUUCUUUAGCUUCUGA